UUGGCUUUCAGAAAUAUGUCUAAAUUUUAAGCAAUGUUCUCCCUAAAAUAAGCACCCCUCCAAAAUACAAUACCUUUCGGCCCCACACCAACUAAAUUAGGCCUUGUUUGAAAUCGCGAAAUGAGGGUCCUUCUGGGCACCAAAUGCUUUCUGAACCUCUGCAAGCACCGGAUACGAUGGCACCACCAUGGCAGUUCCUAUCUACCUUCUCAACAACUCUACGAAGUAGCAAAGAAAGUCAUCAGGUCUCACCGAUUAGCAAUUUCCGCACGAUUUCUAUCAGGCAAAGGAAAACCACCGGAAACCCCAACUCUGGAUUUAAUUUGUCGGGUAUUAGCAUCAGCAAAAAACUCUGGUGAUGGUGGCAAGCCGAAAGAGCCAUUACAACUUGAAUCCAUGGGUCAGACAUCUACAAAUUCCAGCAGCCAGGAACUGACAAAAAAUCCUCUUCUUAUAAAAGAGGAAAGCGAAACGCCAUCGAAAAGCCAAUUAGAGCCGCAGUUGGUAUACUCAAAAACCCCGGAAGUAUUCAACUGCAAGAACUGUUUCGAAUAUAGUUCGGAAAUAAUGAUUGUGAACUGUAAAGAUUGCAUUGGAGAUAACAAUCAAUCUACAGAGUCAGUCAUGGGAAAGGCGACGUUACUACUACAGGACAAUAGUACAAAUGAACCAACAAGUGCUUUAAAGGAGCCUCCAACUUCUGCAUCAAAACCAUCGAUUGGCGAGUCUCUACCAUCUGCUGCUUCAAAGAAACCUCAGACGACAUUACCACUACAGGAAAAUAGUACUAAUCAACCAACAAGUGCUUUAAAAACGCCUUCAACAAAUCAACCAACAAGUGCAUUGAAAGAGCCUUCAAAAAAGCCUGCAUCAAAACCAUCGGUUGGUGAGUCUCAACCAUCUGUUGCUCCAAAGAAACCUCAAGUAUCACCAAGUUCAACUUCUCUUAAUGAGCGAUUUACCAUGCCGCAAAAAUCAGCUUUUCCCGUGGGAAGAAAUCCCUGUGUAGACGGGAAAAAAACUAAAAAAUCUAAAUGUCCGCCACCCAAACCCAAACCUUGCACCUCAUCGCAAGAUGAACACAAACCUCCGGUUAAAAAAAAGCCACCUUCAAAACCUAAAGCAAAAGAUCCACCUAAAACCGUUGAUUCUAGUGCAUCAAGUGCACAGAAAAAGGAAAAUGCUCCUGAAAAGAUCGCAAAAACACCUUUGAAUAAACCUCAAUCAGAAAAAUCAGCUGCAAAUCCAAAGGUUGGAUUUUCUAUGACUUCGAAUGCUGCUUUUCCAUUGGGAAGAAAUCCCUGCGUUGAUGGUAAAAGUGAAAAAAAGGGACCUAAAUGUGCAGCAUCGAAUCCAAAGCCACUACAAAAAGCCGAGAAAGACGAUAAGCCAAAAGUGGCGAUUAAAAGCCAAUGUAAGCAGGAAACUAAAAAGGAAACUUGCCCAAAAGAAUCUCUGAUUAAAAAAGCAGCUACUGUACCAAGUGAAUCACCCAAGCCUCUGGAAAGUGUCGCACCAAAAGCCGAACCUCCAAAGAAAAAGUCAAUGAGGCAGGGUAUUGUCAAUCCAAAAGAGACGCCGGUUAAACCAAAGAGUCCUCCGGAAAAACCAAAGAGUCCUCCAGUUAAAUCCAGUGCUUCUCCUAAACCGGCUCCUAAAUCAAUCAAACAACCAAAGAACAAAGAGCUGCCAGAGAUAUCAACUUCCCGUUUUUCCAUGCCACUUAUGUCGGCUUUUCCCAUUGGAAGAAAUCCCUGCCGGGAUGGCCCAAGGGGAUCAGCCAAGGAAGAAAGUCCCUGCGGUAAAAAGGUAGUCAACAUUUGCCAAUUAGGUUCCGAUUCCUGUAAAGCUAAAAAGAAGAGAUCAAAUGACGCCGAAUCAAGUAAAACUUCAAGUUCAUUAAGCCCCGUUCCUCAAAAAGAUGAUAAGAAAUCCGUUGCAUCGAAGACGAAUGAAUCUCAUACCUCACCAUCAUCGAAGGCUUCCGUGGAACCUCCGCCUCCUCCACCACCAGUCAAGGAAAUCCCCGUGUCUUCUGAUCCGCCUCAGAAUAAAGAGAAAUCUGCGCCCCAAGUUCUCAGUCACUCAGCAGAAAAAGCACCAUUGCCAACUGGUAAAGAAACCAAGGAAUCUCCAGCUUCACAGCCUUCGCCAGCAACUUCUAAGACAGAAAUCAAAACAUCUACUGAGCAAAAAGUAAAAUCUCCUAAACCAGCUUCUCCAGAGCCGAAAUAUGGACGAUCCAAAAGAUCGAAUUGCGAAGUGAAAACACAAUGCGCGGCUACAGAAGCCCAGAAAAUCCCAAAGAAAUGCAAGGAAACGAGAGUACGCCACCUAGCAGACGCCAACAAUGAUCCAAGUCAGAAACCCCAGUUGAAAAAGUUUCCAGCUCUUCCGCUCAAGCAAAGCAUCGCCAGUUAUUUAAGCAGUAUUGAGCCAUUUCUCAAUAAAGAGGAACUCAAAGUGGAACGAAAAUUGGCCAAGGAGUUUGUGGACAACGAAGGUACACAACUCCAGGAGCUGCUCGAGAACGAAGCCGAGCGUUCGGACAACUGGCUAACUCCCAGAUGGACACGUUCCGCAUACUUGACCUACCAGGCUCCGCUGACCGUCUUCUCCAGUCCGGGUCUCUCCUUUCCCAUUCAGGAGUUUGAUGGAACUAGUGAUUUUCUCAACUUCACGGCUAAGGCUAUCUACGGUAUGUGCGAGUUCAAGCAGCUAGUCGACCAAAACAAAAUUCCAGUGGUCAAGAUGGGCAAACACUAUCUGGACAACAGCCAGUUUGCCAAGAUCUUUGGCGGGGUUCGCAAGCCAGGUCGAUUCUGCGAUACCAUCGAACAGUACAAUGAUGCCGAUUAUAUUGUGGUGGUAUAUAAUAAUAAUUACUUUAAGCUGCCCAUUUAUUCCGAAAGUGGAACUUUGCUGCAUGUUCAUACACUGAGAGAUGCAUUGAUGGAUAUACUUGAAUGUCCCAUCCAAAUAGGCGAGCACUUUGGCCUUUUGACCCACGACAAUAGAAGCAACUGGGCAGAGGCGUAUACCAUACUCUGCCGACUUCAUGGAAACGCAGAUACCGUGGAGACCAUAGAGCAGUCCCUGUUCGUGGUCUGUCUGGACAAGUGUGUACCCACGCCGAAGGGCGAGGAGAGGGUUGUCCAGGCCCACCAGCUCCUCCACGGUGGUGGAGUGCGUCAGAACAGCGCCAAUCGUUGGAUGGACAAGACCAUUCAGCUGAUAGUCAAUCCAAAUGGCCUGGCCGGAUUUUGCUAUGAACAUUCUCCCGCGGACUGCCAGCCACUCGCCAUGCUGAUGGACUUUGUGCAGCAGAAAGUCCAUGAGGAGAACUAUGGCUGCGAUGGCUGUGAGGCGGACAAGAAGGUCACGUCCAGCCUGUUGAAGUUCCAGCCAGUGAACGAGUGCAUCAAUUUGUGGUUGUGCCAGGCCAGGCGAAAUAUUAAGAGGAUCGCCAGCCAGCUGCAGAUGAAUGUGAUGCAGUUCGAGUGCCAUGGCAAGUGCUUCAUCAAGGCGCAGGGCCUGAAUCCGGAUAGCUACAUCCAGCUGGCCCUGAGUCUGGCCUACCACUCCAUGCACCGGAAAAUACCCGCUCAGUAUGAGUCCGCUCACCUAAGGAUUUUCCAUGAGGGGCGCACUGAAACCAUUAGAUCCACGUCCAAUGAAUCCAAGGCCUUCCUCAUGGCCAUGCAAUCGGCGACGGCCUCAAUGAGCGAGAAAUUGGCUGCGCUUCAGAAGGCGGUGGAUGCCCACGAAAGGUUGAUCAAAGAGGCCAUUAAUGGACAGGGCAUCGAUCGGCAUUUGUUUGGCCUGCAGGAGAUGGCUCUGGAAAAGGGAAUGCCACUACCGGCAUUCUUCAGGUCCAAGGGUUACCUCAGAUCGGUGACCUUUCAGCUCUUCACCUCCCAGGUAGCCACGUCCCACGAAGGAUUCAUGGCAUACGGACCACUUCUGUCCGACGGAUAUGGAGUCUGCUACAACCCACAGGAAAAAAAGAUCAUCUUCGCCAUCUCCGCUUGGAAAAGUUGCCCACAAAUCAACGUCAUGCGAUUUGGCAAAGCCAUCAAGAAUUCCCUUAACGACAUGAGAAAACUAAUCCUGAACACAGGCGGUGAUCGUGUGGGCGAGCAUCCAUGUAAAUGCGAGAAAAUACUGCUCUAGAAGGGCAUCCCCUAUAGAUUUCUGUUCAGAUACCAUCUUGUAUUACGUUUCUUAACAAGGCAAAUAUACACUCGUUAUUGUUUCACUUGCAUUAA